UGACGAAUCACCAAAUACAAUACAAUACAGCUAAGCGCGCAAGCAUCAGCAAUGGUGGCUCUGCAGGCAACGCCGCUCAAAACCCUAGCCUUCUCCCGCCGGAGCGCCGCCACGGCGGCGCGGCCGCGGCCGAUGGCUAACGUCCGGUGCUCAUCCGCGGCGAGGAGCUACAACAUCACGCUGCUCCCCGGAGACGGCAUCGGCCCGGAGGUGGUCGCCGUCGCCAAGGACGUCCUAUCCCUCGCUGGCUCUCUCGAAGGCGUCGAGCUCCGGUUCCAGGACAAGCUGAUGGGCGGCUCCGCGCUGGAUGCCACCGGCGUACCGCUCCCCGACGAGACGCUCGCGGCAGCCAAGGAUUCUGAUGCCGUACUCCUCGGCGCCAUAGGAGGGUAUAAGUGGGAUAACAAUGAGAAGCACCUCAAGCCUGAGACCGGGCUGCUCCAGCUCCGUGCCGGGCUAGGGGUGUUCGCCAAUCUGCGACCAGCUGCAGUGUUGCCGCAGUUAGUAGAUGCAUCGACACUAAAGAAAGAGGUAGCUGAAGGUGUUGACAUCAUGGUGGUCAGAGAGCUCACUGGAGGAAUCUACUUUGGCAAACCUAGGGGUUUUGGAACCAAUGAAAAGGGAGAGGAUACUGGCUUCAAUACAGAAAUUUAUUCAGUUUCUGAGAUUGAUCGCAUUGCACGCAUUGCAUUUGAGGUUGCUCGCAAGAGAAGAGGGAAACUGUGCUCAGUAGACAAAGCAAAUGUGCUUGAGGCAUCCAUGCUUUGGAGAAAAAGGGUGACUGCCCUAGCUUCGGAAUUCCCUGACAUUGAGCUCUCGCACAUGUAUGUUGAUAAUGCCGCAAUGCAGCUUAUUAGGAAUCCUAAGCAGUUUGACACAAUUGUCACAAACAACAUUUUCGGUGACAUAUUAUCUGAUGAAGCAUCAAUGAUUACGGGAAGCAUUGGAAUGCUCCCAUCUGCCAGUGUUGGUGAAUCGGGACCUGGUCUUUUUGAACCUAUUCAUGGCUCUGCCCCUGAUAUUGCUGGGCAGGACAAGGCAAAUCCAUUAGCUACAAUUCUUAGUGCUGCAAUGUUAUUACGUUAUGGCCUUGGAGAAGAAAAUGCUGCAAAGAGAAUUGAAGUCGCAGUUACAGAAACACUGAACCAUGGGUUCCGAACUGGGGACAUAUAUUCUCCUGGAAUGACAUUGGUUGGAUGCAAGCGGAUGGGGGAGGAAGUCUUGAAGACAGUGGAGUCGCAGAAGGCGGUGGCUGCUGUGAACUGAUACAUGUUGGCACUCAAGCUAUAACCCUGCCAACUGAGAUGGUUGAAAGCUUUUUAGAAGUUGAGCUUGCCGAAAGAGCAUAUUGCUUCUGGACUGUUGAUUUUAUUUUCUGCCUAUGUAUGGAAACUUCAACGGCUGAAUUGAUAUGGUGGCCUCUUUGUUGGACUUCCUGUAAUUUAAUUUUGUCCAUGAUAUAUGGUGUAUCUAUUCGCCCAACAAAAGGGGAUAGUUCCCUUUAUGCCAGCUGAAAAAGUGGUUGGGCUUGUGGCAUUGACAGAAUAUCUUUGUGGCUACGUUUUUUUCAGUUUCUAUGGAUAAUUGUCCGAUUUCGGGACA